ACAGCAUCUCUCAUCAGCUUCCUAGCACCAUCCGCCAUCCCGUUAAUGACCGGGAGCCCUGGAAACACAUCGACCUCUGUUAUCUCGCAGCUAUGGCCGACGUUCCAGCGAUAAUAAACAUCGCGAUUUCUUUGAAAAUCCAACCCAAUGACGGACCCGUGUUUUAUAAAGUGGACGGGACGAGGUUCGGCCAGAGCAGAACAAUCAAAUUGCUAACAGGAUCGAAAUACAAAAUCGAGGUGAUCGUGAAACCCGGUAGCGCGGAGGCCGCCACAAUGGGAAUCGGUGGAAAGAGCUUCCCAUUGGAGCAGCAGUCCAAAGAUGAGGAACAGAUCGUCUACAAUGGCACCUAUGACACUGAAGGGGUCCCACACACCAAGAGCGGGGACAGACAACCUGUGCAGGUCUUCAUAGAGUUCAAAGAUGCCGGCAUGUUUGAAACCGUAUGGCAAGUGAAAUACUACAACUACUACAAGAGAGAACACUGCCAGUUCGGCAACAGCUUCAAUUGCAUCGAGUACGAGGCCAAGCCCAACGAGACCCGCAGCCUCAUGUGGAUAAACAAAGAGGUUUUCCAAUAAAACACGAGUGGAGUGGCAGCAGCAAACCUGCACAAUAUGUCCUAUAACCAUCACGGGGCCGCUGUUUGCGAGAUAAAUGUAGUGCUCAAGUGAAAGAAGAUGUGACUAUUAAAGGCUCAAAACAAGUGAUCCAUCAGGGGAUCUAUUCAUCAGUCAAGCACUGCAUCUAUUUAUUGUACCACUGGUCAUGCAUGAUGUGAACAUUUUCAGUCUGAACAGAAUUUCUCCUUAUUUAUGUCUCCUCCUCUUUAUCAUGCCUAAGCUGGUGAAAUAAGAUGGUGAUAGUCUCCAUGGGAAGGGGUUUUAAAU